AUGAGGCCAAUUUCAUCUGCUCUAAAAUUAAAAACUAAUGAUAGUUAAGAAAAACGACUGAGGAGUGCAGUCUAAUUCAAAUUAGUAGACUCUUAAAAAUUAAAGAAUGUACUUAUAAAGCAAUCACAAAAUUCCUAAUAGUCGUUAUCACAACAAUCGAGAUUACAGAGUGGAACAACCUACAACACAACUCAACGAACUGGAUAUUCUACACACAGAAUGAAUGAAGCAGAAUAUGAUUCAGGUUCUAGCUCUGCUUUUAGAGGUCAAAUUAAAAUGAGAUCAACUUUUCAUUCAAGCAGAAACAAUCUUAUCAGAAGAGUGGACUCCCAAUUUAGUUUAGACAACAAACACGACUCAUCGCCACAAGAAACCAAUAGAACUGCAAUACCAGCACCAAAAAAUAGACUCUUUCAAUAGGGCAGCAGAUCUCAAUAGAAACAAUUGAUUGUUACCUAAGAAAACAUUGACUCUAAUGAAGUGAAAAGGAGAAUGAAAUUCGAUCCUUAAGUCAAACAAUAAGUCAUCUAUUUUAAAAUAUUGAAUAUAUCUAAUAUCGGAUUAAAAAAUUAUCUAUUUUACCUUUACAAGUAACAAAAACAUUUGAUGGAUUUGGUCAAAUCCAAAGCUGAAACUUAACUAAUUGAUUUCUCAUAACAAAUUUUAACAUUCUCCAUAGGAACCUUAUCUCCAAUUGCACUAAUUGAAACCCUUACUUUCGCUGCCUCUAUGCUGGAAUUAACAUCAUAACUUGACUGGGCCAUCUUUUAUCAUAAUUAAAGCAGAAUUAUGGCUAAUUAUGCAAAAUAAACAAUGGAUAAAUACAAAAUGAAAUCUUUGAUUGGACUAGGAAAUUGUUCAAUCAAAAUGCAACAAUAUGAGAUCGGAAUCAAGUUCUUUAAGAAAUGUCUACAAUAUUCGUGGUUAAACAAUGACUUAGAUUAUGAAAAUGAAGUUUACACAAAACUCGGUGUUUGUUAUUAUUAUCUUGGAGACAUCGAAAAAGUAUAACUUUUAUUUAUCAAGUCUAAAUAUUAUCAUGAAAGAGCCAUUACUUAUGACUAUGAAAUUGAGACUUCUCCCUUGCGUUAAAUGAGUUCAGAUACACUCAAAGUCUUCUUAAAUAAAAAUUUCAACAGAAAUUAUGCUGAAUCCAUAAAUACUCCUCUCCUGAAUCGAUUAAAUCUACCUCUUCCUCAAGAUAUUUUGUCAAUCUCGUAAUAAGAAAUAUAGAAUGAAUCUCUCACGAUGAUCAAUCCUAGAAUCUUUAAUGAAUCCAAGGCCUCGUCGACAAGAAGAAGCUCCAUCUUUGAAACUAAUCCUCAUAUUAAAUUGUUCUCCACAAUGUAAGUCGAUGGACUAAGAAUUCAAUAAGAGAUUUUAUCAACUCAAGAAUUUGAAGUAGAAGUUUAUACUCCUAAACAUUCAUUUAAGUCGGAAAGCAAGUGCUUUGAUUUUAUAAGAAAUAAAAAAAUACAUCCUUAGGAUAUUUUUCAUGAUAUCAAAUACAAAACUAAUCCUUUCAUUUUGUAAGAUCUUGGAGUGAUAAAAGGCUAAAAUGAUGAAAAUCCUAUUGAAAACCCUCAGAUAUAUAAAUUACCUUUGGAUCAACAGAUUGAUAUUAGACUGAAAAAGAAGAUAUAUGUGGACAUACAAACAAAGUUAAAGAAAUUGAUGGAUUACAAAUAUCAUACUAAAACAUAAAUGAGGAAUAAAAUUCUGAUUACACACAAAAAUGUUGAGAAUGAAAAAAGACAUCAUGCAGCAGAUUAAGUUAAAGUUCUUGAAAAUGUAUCAAAAAAUUUUGUAAAUCUUAUUGAAAAUUUGAUUAAUUUACAAUGA